GCCGGGGCGGGCGAGCAGCGGCGCGGCCGCGGGCCAUGGACGCGGCGGCGACGGUGGCGGCGGCGGGGGCGAGCCGGGGCGGCGGCGCGGCGCAGAGUCCGCCCGCGGCCAGGUGAGGCUGGGCUGAGCGGGCUCGGGCGCCGCCGCCACUGCUGCUGCUGCCUGGCCGCGGAGCGAGGCGGCGGCGGCGGCGGCUGAAGCGGCGCCGCAGCAGCCGCGCCAAGCAGCGGCGGCCUCGGAGGAAGAGGGGUCGCCGCCCGGGGUUCUUGUGGCCGCCUCUCGUCGUCGCAGUAUUUCCUGUUCGGAUUAUCUUUUGCUUUCCCCCAGCUGCCUCCUUGCCCUCACACUCCCACUCCUCCGUUUCCGCGGUCGAAACUGCCCUCGGCCCCGGGUAGUCUGCCCCGUCCGGGGACCCCCGUGCCUCCCCUCCUGGGCUGCGGGGGAGCCCCUCCGAGACCAUGAGGAAAUUCAACAUCAGGAAGGUGCUGGACGGCCUGACCGCCAGCUCGUCCUCGGCGUCGCAGCAGCAGCAGCAGCAGCAGCAUCCGCCUGGGAACCGGGAGCCAGAGAUCCAGGAAACGCUCCAGUCCGAGCACUUUCAGCUCUGCAAGACUGUUCGCCAUGGAUUUCCCUAUCAACCCUCAGCCCUGGCCUUUGAUCCUGUACAGAAGAUCCUGGCAGUAGGAACUCAGACUGGUGCUUUAAGGCUCUUUGGUCGUCCAGGAGUAGAAUGUUAUUGCCAGCAUGACAAUGGAGCUGCAGUAAUCCAGCUCCAGUUCCUGAUUAAUGAGGGAGCUCUUGUGAGUGCCUUGGCUGAUGACACCUUACACUUAUGGAAUUUGCGUCAGAAGAGGCCUGCCAUACUACAUUCGCUUAAAUUUUGCCGAGAAAGGGUUACAUUUUGCCAUCUGCCUUUCCAGAGUAAGUGGCUCUAUGUGGGCACUGAACGAGGUAAUAUACAUAUUGUCAAUGUGGAGUCCUUCACACUCUCAGGCUACGUCAUUAUGUGGAAUAAAGCCAUUGAACUGUCAUCUAAAUCUCACCCAGGACCUGUGGUCCAUAUAAGUGAUAAUCCAAUGGACGAGGGAAAGCUUUUGAUUGGCUUUGAAUCUGGAACAGUAGUUUUAUGGGACCUCAAAUCAAAGAAAGCUGACUACAGAUACACAUAUGAUGAGGCUAUCCACUCUGUUGCUUGGCAUCAUGAAGGAAAACAGUUUAUUUGCAGUCAUUCAGAUGGCACCUUGACUAUAUGGAAUGUGAGGUCCCCUGCUAAACCUGUACAGACAAUCACUCCACAUGGAAAACAGUUAAAGGAUGGGAAGAAGCCAGAACCAUGCAAACCUAUCCUCAAGGUGGAAUUCAAAACGACUAGAUCUGGGGAGCCUUUUAUUAUUUUAUCAGGAGGUUUGUCAUAUGAUACUGUAGGAAGAAGACCUUGCUUAACAGUGAUGCAUGGGAAAAGCACUGCUGUGCUAGAAAUGGACUAUUCAAUUGUGGAUUUUCUAACGUUAUGUGAAACACCAUACCCAAAUGAUUUUCAAGAACCAUAUGCUGUAGUUGUUCUUCUAGAAAAGGAUUUAGUACUUAUAGACCUUGCACAAAAUGGAUAUCCUAUAUUUGAAAAUCCCUACCCUUUGAGUAUACAUGAGUCCCCUGUUACAUGUUGCGAAUAUUUUGCUGAUUGUCCUGUGGACCUUAUUCCUGCACUUUAUUCUGUUGGAGCUAGACAGAAACGUCAAGGUUACAGCAAAAAGGAAUGGCCCAUCAAUGGAGGUAAUUGGGGUUUGGGUGCUCAAAGUUACCCAGAAAUAAUUAUUACAGGGCAUGCUGAUGGUUCAGUUAAAUUCUGGGAUGCUUCUGCAAUAACCCUACAAGUAUUAUAUAAACUAAAGACAUCUAAAGUAUUUGAAAAGUCAAGAAAUAAAGAUGACAGGCCAAACACAGACAUUGUAGAUGAAGAUCCAUAUGCCAUUCAGAUCAUCUCCUGGUGUCCAGAAAGUAGAAUGCUGUGCAUAGCUGGAGUUUCAGCUCAUGUCAUUAUUUAUAGAUUCAGCAAGCAGGAAGUAAUCACAGAAGUUAUUCCGAUGCUCGAAGUUCGAUUAUUAUAUGAGAUAAAUGAUGUGGAAACUCCAGAGGGUGAGCAGCCACCACCUUUGCCAACACCCGUGGGAGGGUCCAACCCUCAGCCCAUUCCUCCUCAGUCUCAUCCGUCUACCAGUAGCAGUUCAUCUGAUGGGCUUCGUGAUAAUGUACCUUGUUUAAAAGUUAAAAACUCACCACUUAAACAGUCUCCAGGUUAUCAGACAGAACUGGUUAUUCAGUUGGUUUGGGUGGGUGGAGAACCACCACAACAAAUAACCAGCCUGGCAGUCAACUCUUCCUAUGGACUGGUGGUUUUUGGCAACUGCAAUGGCAUUGCUAUGGUUGACUACCUUCAGAAAGCAGUGCUGCUCAACCUGGGCACUAUUGAAUUAUAUGGCUCUAAUGAUCCUUAUCGGAGAGAACCCCGAUCUCCUCGUAAAUCUCGACAACCUUCAGGAGCCGGUCUGUGUGAUAUUAGUGAAGGGACUGUUGUUCCAGAGGAUCGCUGCAAGUCUCCAACUUCUGGUUCUUCAUCACCACACAAUUCAGAUGAUGAACAAAAAAUGAAUAAUUUUAUAGAAAAGGUGAAGACCAAAAGCAGAAAGUUUUCCAAGAUGGUAGCCAAUGAUAUAGCAAAGAUGUCAAGGAAGUUAAGCUUACCUACUGACCUAAAGCCUGAUUUAGAUGUAAAGGAUAACUCCUUUAGCCGAUCACGGAGUUCAAGUGUAACAAGCAUUGACAAAGAAUCCCGAGAAGCGAUCUCCGCUCUUCAUUUCUGUGAAACAUUUACUCGAAAGACGGACUCUUCCCCUUCCCCUUGUCUAUGGGUUGGAACAACGCUAGGAACAGUGCUUGUCAUUGCACUGAACCUUCCCCCAGGGGGAGAACAAAGACUUCUUCAGCCAGUAAUUGUGUCUCCAAGUGGUACUAUAUUGAGGUUAAAAGGUGCAAUCUUGAGAAUGGCAUUUCUGGAUACCACAGGCUGCUUAAUACCACCUGCAUAUGAACCCUGGAGAGAACACAAUGUUCCUGAAGAAAAAGAUGAAAAGGAGAAACUGAAAAAACGGCGGCCUGUCUCAGUAUCCCCCUCCUCUUCUCAGGAAAUUAGUGAAAACCAGUAUGCAGUGAUAUGUUCUGAAAAGCAAGCAAAAGUAAUCUCACUGCCAACCCAGAACUGUGCUUAUAAGCAAAAUAUUACAGAGACCUCAUUUGUGCUUCGUGGAGAUAUUGUAGCAUUGAGUAACAGUAUCUGCCUUGCUUGUUUCUGUGCCAAUGGACAUAUAAUGACUUUUAGUUUGCCAAGUUUAAGACCUCUAUUGGAUGUGUAUUACUUGCCCCUUACCAAUAUGCGGAUAGCCAGAACGUUCUGCUUUACCAACAAUGGACAAGCAUUAUACCUUGUUUCACCUACAGAAAUCCAGAGACUUACUUAUAGUCAAGAGACCUGUGAAAAUCUUCAGGAAAUGUUAGGUGAACUCUUCACUCCUGUAGAAACACCUGAAGCACCAAACAGGGGAUUCUUUAAAGGCUUAUUUGGAGGUGGUGCACAGUCUCUUGACAGAGAAGAAUUAUUUGGAGAAUCGUCCUCGGGAAAGGCUUCAAGGAGCCUUGCACAGCAUAUUCCUGGCCCUGGUGGCAUUGAAGGUGUGAAAGGGGCAGCCUCUGGAGUUGUCGGUGAAUUAGCACGAGCCAGGUUGGCACUAGAUGAAAGAGGACAGAAACUUGGCGAUCUGGAAGAAAGAACUGCGGCCAUGUUAUCAAGCGCAGAGUCAUUUUCUAAACAUGCGCAUGAGAUUAUGUUGAAAUACAAAGAUAAGAAGUGGUACCAGUUCUGACAACCAGAAUCCAAUAAGUCCAACUUCAGCCAGAAGGAAAAAAAGUUUUCCGUUUUUAUUACAUUAUUUAGAAAAGUUAACUUUAAAGGGAUGUUCGUCACUGAAUACUGUUCUUUCCUAGCACAAUCAUGCACUGUUUUACCUCAGUCAUGUGGCUUUAACUGAGGAGUGUUCACACGCACUCGAAAUGGAGUAUAUGAUGUGUGCCAGUUAUGAGUUGACAAUUUGGGAAUUAAACAGGUCACACGUGACAAAUGAAGAAACCAAGGGGGAUUCUGAGGAGACCUGGUGCAGGGACUAAUCCUGGAUCAUUCCUGUAUUAAACUUUCAUAUGCCAAAAGGAUUUGUGCCAUUUUAUCUGCCGUCAGUGUUUGACCUGUUUGGGGCAGAGGCAAUAAGUCGGAAGUUUUGAAGCUGAAAUAGUUAUAUGUGUGUCAUUGGACUGGAUUAUAAGCAGCUGUCUUGGACUUUCCCUCUCUUAACACUGACUGGUCAUCAGUAUCAUUAAUGAAAAAGAAACAAACUGUUAUCAUCUCUUUAGACAAAUAAGCUGAAUGGUGGGCUUUAAAUAGUAAAAACAUACACAUAGUUGACUUGUGUAUGAGCUACUCUUGGAUUCUUGUUAUUAUAGACUUGUAUUUAGUUCAUAUUUUGUCAAAAGCAAAACAAGAAGAUACAUCACUUUUCAUUGAAAAGAAAAGUGUAGAGCAUGACUGAAUUGCUCAUCAUUCUGGGAGUUUCCAUGUAGUGGCUAUGCAGUGUGGAAAGUGAGAAAAACCUCCAUUGUGGUGAGGAGAAUACUUCAAUGUCCCUUGUCCUUGUUCUCAUUAAUUCAGCUAAAGGUGGAUUUGACCAAAAUAAUACUGGUUAAAUUUGUAGAAAUGUCGAAAUUGGCUGUGUUUUUAAUUUUGCUUGAAUUUUUAUAAAAUGUUUAACCAAAUGUAUCUUUGCAUUCUUUAAUUAAAAUUGCUUAAAAAAAAAACCUUUCAUUAUUUCAGUAAAAUGUUCAGCUCCCUUUUUAAAAUGCCCUUUAUUUGCUAACUGUUCCAGUACACUCAGGUGAUGAGCCAAUUAAAUCUUAGUGCACAUGCUAUCGCAUGGAAAAUUACAAGCAUCUGUUGUCAAUAAUUAUCUAUAUAAGAGUUUAGUCUGAUGACCUACAAAAUAUUUUCUGUAUAAAUAUUCUAUAAAUCUGUACAUAUCCUUUCAAGGUUUCAAAAAGCCAAAAAGAAAGGAAAAUAUGUACACUGUGAUAACUAAAUUAUUUCUGUAUUGGAAUAUAAUACAAUUCGAGACCAGCAAUGGACAAUGAAUGAUUGUUUCAUAGGCUAGCAUUAUGGACAGGAAAGAAACCACCUAGUAGAUCUAGAAGUAAGCAAUCUCAGAAUACAGACUAAUCUGAGAUGAUUAUUGAUUGUUGUUAAAGCAACCCAGCAGAAGCGAAAUGGAAGCAUUAAAAUUAAUGUUAAUGAAAUUUAAAUAUUGUCUUCUAUAAAAAAAUUCCUUUAAAUUAUUUUGUUUUUUCAUUAAGAGAUAAUCAGAACACAAAUUGAUAGUAAAGAAGAUGGUUGUUUUUCUACUCCAUAUGAUCAUUAAAGGAAUAUGUCGGACGUCUUUUUCAUACAGUCUGUUAUGCAUAUUUUCCUCUACUCUUCAUUAAUAAAGCUUUUAUGUUCACAUUUUAUAACAUGCAGUACUAGAUACAAAAGUUUACAUCAAAGUUUACUUUAAAUAUCAUUUGGUAGGGACUAAAUGUGUGUGAUACAGAUAAUUGAUCAAGCCAAAAGAAAUAUUUUUUAAAUAAGCCCUAUUCAAAAGUUUUUGAAUUUAUAGAAAGUACCAAUGAAUAACAUAUUUCUGUUAAGUUAAUGUCUGCUGUCUGAACAUUCAGCAGCUUAUAAAUUGCUUAAUUUGUGUUAUCCAAUAAACCUAUAGUUCCAUGAUAUGUCACAGGAAGUGUUAGGUCCUAUUUUAAAGGUACAGUUUUGUGAAUGUCAUCAAUAAAAUCAACAGUUACGGAUUUGAAGAAGUUGAAAAACAUUAUGUAGAUUAAUAUACUGAUUGGUUCCCUAUCUCUGUGGAAGGUCAUAUUAGCUGCAGUUAUUUAAUUCACUGUGUUAUUUUGUGUUAUAUAACACAAAUGUAUAUUAACUUCAUUUUUACUGUCAUUUUUUCUGUUGUAUACAAAAUGAACUAAUCUUGUAGUUAUUUUCAAAUAUAAAAAUAUAUACAUUUACCUUACAUGGAUUUACAAGAUUUUGUAAGAAAAUCUUAAAUCAGUGUUUUGAGUUAUUUUAUUUAAUGUUUAAAUUAAUCUACAAAUUAUGCACAACAAACGAGAGACUCAGUUAGGAUUAGAAAGCUUAAAGUAUGUUUGAGUGUAGGAAAUAAGCUUCUUAGAGUUAUACUUGAUUCCAUCUGUAGAUAAGAGACAGUCUGCAGUAAUAACUAACCCAGAGAAUUUAUUGUAAUUUGAGAGGUAACAUCUCUAUUUUUUUUUCUUUCUAAAUACUAAGAAAGUAAUAGUCACCAGCAAGCCACGAUUUCAGGAAAACUGACCAAAAAAAAAAAAAAGUCAAAAUAGAAAAUAUCAGAGAAAUGAAAGAUUUUUAUGUGCCCUCUCCAUAUCCUCAUUGUUUUGUUGGCAUUUGUCCUUGACUCUAAAACCCUUGAAGUAUUCAUGAUUAGUAGUUUGUAAGUAGGAAGUGGUUUUUCUGUAUGUACCAUAUAUCCAGUCAUUUCAGUUUUCAAACUAAAAACCAUAUAUAUUUGCUGAGAAAGUUAUUUGAAAUCUUAUAUUCUGACAAAUUCUGUACAUUACAUCCAUUUAAAGUUUUGCAUCAUCUUAACACUUUUGCUUUGCAUUUCAAUUGUACGAAGUGUUUCCGAAAAAAUGGUUAUAGAUUCGACUGAGCUAUUUCUAACUUCUCCAUUUGAUUUUUUAUGGAUGUGAAAAAUGCUGCUACUUGUCUGUGUUACUAUGUGUAAGUAUAUUACAGUUUAAUUAAGUACAGUAGUUUAAAGAACGAAGCAUUUUUUUUUUUUUUUUUUUUGGCUUAGAACUUCUUAAUUGUAGGUUCCUCUGAAGCUAUUUCCUGUAGAUAUGUGAGUGUUUUAAACAAGUCUGAAAGUGUUACAUACCUUUAGGUUCAGGGGUGCUGGGGAGACAGCUGAGGAAAGGAAGAAUAUGUGGAAGACACCACGGAAUUCAAAGUUUUACCCUGAGUUCUAUCUUCCAUAUAUGUUUUGCUUAAGGCAUUUCUCAUGUGACAUUAGAAAAGCUAUAUCCAAAGGUAAAUUUUUUGUGGCAAAGGUUUAUUUUACACUUUAACUUUUGGGAUUUUAUUUGUUUCAGCAAAAUAAAGAGCACUGAACUUUAAACUUGAAUUUUUUCUGCACUUUUUUAGGUAAUGAAAACUUUUUAUUAUCAUUUAAUCCACAUUGCUCAGUUUAAACCAAGUGAUACAUGUGUAUAAAACAUACCAAAAUGAUGAAUAUGCUGCUAGCUGUACCUUAAAUAAACUGAUCAGUUUUAAAACCUUUAAUAGGGUUUUAUAUAGAUUUAAAAAAUAGUAAAAUAAUCUGCUGUAUGUUUCAGUGUUCUUGGUCUUAAAUUAUUGCAACACUUUCAGAUUUGUUUUAAGAUCACACAGUAACAUGUUAUAUUUAUACAUACUGCUAGAAAAUAUACUUUUAGUUUUAAAAUGGAAUUUUUAUAAAUGUACUUUAAUUUUAAAAAUGGUGAACUUGUUAAGUUUAAGUCAAAGUACUUAAAAAGUAUGUAUAUUAUCCAUACAAAAAGUUAUGUUUUACGCUUAUAAUAAGAAAUACUGGUAUCUCAUAUCGAGAUACAAUUAAUUUAAAAAAAUCAUACAUCAUUUAAAAAUCUUCACACAUGAACAGGAAAGAUAUCAUUUCUGUGCUUUAAAAAACCCUCUAUUGAGCAUUUUCAAAUAUUAAUUUUAUUUUGGGGGAAAAUGCCCACAACAAUAAUUGCAAGAUCUCUCUCAAUAGCUUCAGCUUGCUGUUGGACGCCUACCUUAACUAUUGUUUUAAAAUAUAGAUAUAUAUAUAUAUAUUUAAAAUAGUUUUCCAGGUAUUUUCUUCUACCUUUUUUAAAAAUAAAUUUCCAAAAAUGAAAACAGAGUUUAUGUAUUUUUGUCAAUGAAGGUUUUUAUUUUGUAGUUUAUAGAAUUUGUUCCUUAUCAGUUUGAUACUUGAUCAACAUUCUUAGACUUUUUAAUCUGUAUUUACUUUGGGGGAUAAAAAAGCACUCCUAUAUCUUAAAUGUCCUUUUUUUUUUUUUCUUUUCCCUUUUAGGGUAUUUGUUCUCUUGGAUUGAAAUGUAUGCCCACAGAUUUUUCUUUUCAUUUGAAAAUGAAUGUGAAGAUAUUGUUUACAGCUUUUGUUAAUUGCACUUUUCAUCACUCUGAUCAAUUUCUUGUAAAGUGCUAUGGGGAUUAUUUUUCUUGUGAAUAUUAAUGAUUUUACUACUGCCUUCGAAGUUUUAAAAAAGGUUCUGUAGACAGAAAACAGUUGUUGCAAUCAAAAAUAACCAAAAAAAAAAAAAAAAGAAAGGGAAAACUGGCUUACCUUUCUCAGAUGAAUUAAAUGAUUUUAAUAACUUCCCAAUUACCAGGGUUAUAACAUUGCUUUCUUCAGUUACUAAUACAAAUUAAUUUUAACAAUAUAGGCACAAUUCAUUUACAAAUUCAGUACAGUAGUCCAGGGCUACAUGUAAGUGGUCUGUUUAUUUUAUUCUUUACAUCAGAAAUAUCAUGAAUGUCAGUUUUGCCAGUAUUUUACAAUGAGACUCAUCGUUUAAAAUCUUAUAGUGUAUGGCAUGUAAAUAAACCAGUAUUUAUUGUAGGUUGUUUGACUCAGGCAUUUCAAAUGGAUAUAGGUUAAUGGCAAUGGAAUCCUGUUUAUUUGGUAGAGUUUUUUUUUAACUUUUGCAAUUUGUUUUGUGUUGUCUAAACUUUGCUUCAACUGAAGACAGUGUAAGGAGUUGAAAAUAGAAUCAACAUAGCAAUGGAAAGCAAUGCAAAGAGGGUAAAUCAUGUUUUAAUUUUUUUAACUUUUUUUUUUUGUAAAUAAAUAGUACUGUGAUACGUUAGGUGUGAUCUCUGUUCCACAUGAUAGUUAGAACCAGAAAAACACUUUUGCUUUCUAGUUAUACUAUUGGUUCAUUGUAAAUGCAUUACCAAAAGACAAUAUGAAAAAGAGCAAGAUUAAGUUUUUCUAACAUUGUCCACUUCAGGGACAAGCAUGCUUGGUAUAGAGCUCUAGCUUGUGUAUACCUUCAACUGUAACUUGCAGGUGUUUUUCAGUUGCUGCACUUUUUAUUUAAUCUUGCUCAGUCCCAGUAACUAUCUCAAAGGUAAUUGCUGGAAUAUGCAUUUUGAAAUAUGGUUUAAAAAAAUCUGUGUAUUGUUUCAUCUAAAAAGAAAAGCAGUAUUGCAAACACUAAAAACAUGUUAAACUUUGUAGUUAUUUUGCAUUCCUGUACUUUACAAACUGUCAUCACAGCAAAAAGUUUAAAAUUAGGUAAUGAAAUAUUUUUGUAAAUAAAUACCGUUAAGCUGGUAUUUUAAAAAAUGUAUUAUAAAUUAAUGUUUCUGGAAAAUGUUCAUAUAUAUGUAUAUGAAUGUCUCUUUAUGCUGAAGGGCUCUGAUUGGGCAAAAUAAAAUACUCUAAUCUCUCCUGAAACUAAA